AGAAAAUGAGGUGCUAAAAGUUCAACUUAAGAAGUAUGUAGGUGCGGUCCAGAUGCUCAGAAGAGAAGGUCAAACAGUGGAAGUUCUGCCAAACAUUUGGAGCACUGAUGGUGAAUUUACUAUGCCAGAGCAAAAGCAAGUAGAAAACAAUGAGGAACUGGCCAGCUCUUAUGAAAGAAAAUUGAUUGAGGUAGCUGAAAUGCAUGGGGAACUGAUUGAAUUCAAUGAGAGGCUGCACCGUGCUCUGAUGGCUAAAGAAGCUCUUGUGUCCCAGAUGAGACAAGAACUAAUUGAUUUGAGAGGGCCGGUCCCUGGAGAUUUGAGUCAAACGUCUGAAGAUCAGAGUUUGUCAGAUUUUGAAAUAUCAAAUCGUGCUCUUAUUAAUGUUUGGAUUCCCUCAGUCUUUCUGCGUGGAAAAGCUGCUAAUGCAUUCCAUGUUUAUCAGGUUUAUAUUAGAAUAAAGGAUGAUGAAUGGAAUGUUUAUCGAAGAUAUGCAGAAUUCAGAAGCUUGCAUCAUAAAUUACAAAAUAAAUACCAGCAAGUGAGAACUUUUAACUUUCCACCAAAAAAGGCCAUUGGAAACAAGGAUGCAAAGUUUGUAGAAGAGCGACGCAAGCAGCUACAAAAUUACCUAAGGAAUGUAAUGAACAAAAUUAUUCAAACUGUGCCAGAAUUCACAGCCAAUCCCAAAAAAGAGACUCUUAUUCAGCUGAUGCCCUUUUUUCU